AUGUCUUUAAAUACUUCUAUGCCCUAUUAUCGUAAUUCUUCAAGAGAAGUAAAAACAAUUAAAGAAAUUGUAUAAGCUGAGGUAAUCAAAAGUGCAAGAUUAUUAAGCAGAGACAAAGUCAAAGUUAAACAAAAUACAUCUAUUGGUGAUUGUAAUUAUUUUUCUAUAAUAAGUGAAUAGAAGUAAAAGAAAAGUUAAUAAUUCAUUUUAUGACAACAGAAAUAAUUCUUAGAUUGAAAAUUCAAACAUUCUAUCUGGUUAUUUAGCUAAUGCAUUUCAGGAAAGAAAGGAAAAUAUACAAAAGAUUUAGAUGUAGGAAAAUACAAAUAAGAAUAAAUUCGAUGAAAACAAAUAAAGAGAAAUCAAAUAUCUUAUGAGGAUUGCAGCUUUAGAGAAAGAAUCAUCAAAAUUAACUGAAUUAGUCACUAAAUUGAAGAAAGAGAAUUAAUUAUUGAAAUAAUAAAAUAAUCAAGACUUAAUCAUAUAUCAAUUAUAAGAAGCUCUUAAUAUAUCUAAAAAUGAGAAUUAAAAUCUUAUAAAAUAAAUUACUCAACUUUAGAAUUCUAAUACUAAUUACUUUAACAAUAGUAUAUAUCGAAUUUAAAAGCACUAAAAUCAAAAUACAAAUUAGACAGUCAAUAAUAUAAAUAAUAUAAGUCAAGAUAAUCUUAAAUUAAAAGAGUACAUUCCUAGUUAUUUAGUUGCUCUAAGUUUAGCAGAAUGA